CCUGAAGGAUAAGUUAGAAGAAUACAUGGCCCGAUUUUCCAAGGUCAGGAUUGUUCGCACCAAGAAAAGGGAAGGGCUCAUCCGCACCCGACUCCUGGGGGCGUCGAUGGCGAGAGGCGAGGUCCUGACGUUCCUGGACUCCCACUGCGAGGUCAACGUGAACUGGCUGCCGCCGCUGCUCGACCAAAUUGCACUAAACCACAAAACCAUCGUGUGUCCCAUGAUCGAUGUCAUUGACCACAAUCACUUUGGGUAUGAGGCCCAAGCUGGGGAUGCCAUGCGAGGAGCCUUCGACUGGGAAAUGUACUACAAAAGAAUCCCCAUCCCUCCAGAGCUGCAGAGGGCAGAUCCCAGCGACCCUUUUGAGUCUCCUGUUAUGGCUGGAGGUCUCUUUGCUGUGGAUCGAAAAUGGUUUUGGGAAUUGGGUGGCUAUGAUCCAGGUUUAGAAAUCUGGGGAGGAGAACAGUAUGAAAUCUCUUUUAAGGUUUGGAUGUGUGGAGGAGAAAUGUUUGACGUUCCAUGUUCCAGAGUUGGUCAUAUCUACAGAAAGUACGUCCCGUACAAAGUUCCAUCCGGGACCAGCCUGGCAAGAAACCUGAAGCGGGUGGCGGAGACCUGGAUGGACGAAUUCGCCGAGUACAUCUACCAGCGCCGGCCCGAGUACAGGCACCUCUCCACCGGGGACAUCUCCGCGCAGAAGGAGCUGCGCAGACAGCUCAAGUGCAAGGACUUCAAGUGGUUCAUGGCUGCGGUGGCCUGGGACGUGCCCAAGUACUACCCGCCCGUGGAGCCCCCGCCUGCGGCCUGGGGCGAGAUCCGAAACGUGGCGGCAAACCUCUGCGUGGACAGCAAGCACGGCGCCACGGGAACCGAGCUGCGGCUGGACGUCUGCGUCAAGGACGGUUCGGAAAGGACCUGGUCUCACGAACAGCUCUUCACGUUCGGGUGGAGAGAAGAUAUCCGGCCUGGGGAGCCCCUGCACACCCGCAAGUUCUGCUUCGACGCGAUCUCGCACCGCAGCCCGGUCACCCUCUAUGACUGUCACGGCAUGAAGGGGAACCAGCUCUGGGGCUUCCGGAAGGACAGAACAUUAUUUCAUCCUGUGAGCAACAGCUGCAUGGAUUGCAACCCUGCAGAGAAGAAGAUUUUCAUGGCCAGAUGUGACCCUCUAUCUGAGACUCAGCAGUGGGUUUUUGAACACAUUAAUAUGACUGUUUUAGAAAAAUUUAAUCACCAUGCCAGCUCCUAGAAAGAAAGAAGGAAGAAAAAAAGAGUGAUUACCUACAGAUUCUAAAUUUUAGCCAGUAUCUGGGUCGAAGGAGUCAGGAAUAACAUUUCCUAGAUCCACGAAGUCUGGUUUAAAGAAAUGUAAACGCCACGUCAAAGUAGGUUGUCUUGAAGAACUUCCUGCAUCUGAAGAACUUGGCUGAGAACCUCACCAGCUGCUUCUGAGAACUCGAGACUAGCAGUUCCCUUGCUGGCCAAGGGCAAAGAGUAUUUAGGGACUUUUCAAAACAACUGCUGAGUUAAUAAAUCCUAGCAUUUCUCAGGUCAAAUCCUGCAGUAGUGAGUAGCUAUGAAUGGAUCCUACUAAUUGGGUGGGGAGGGGGGUGGAGACAGAGUGCAUGACUGCUCUGACAACCUGAGGACACCACAGGUGUAGAACUAGCCACGCUUAAGGGGUGAGUUGUACUCUUUGGUGCCAUUCUCUAAGGAUGGGUUAAGCAGGUUUAACCCUUAAAAGUGCUGCAGAUGAUUUUAGAGUGCUCAUACCUUUCUGUUUGCUUUUGUUUUAUUUUUAAAUGAAGGUGCAAUAUCUAAUGUUAAGACUUAAAUUACAUAAUGAAAUGGACUUCCAGUGUUCCCAUUGCUUCAUUGACAUUUGCCAUUUUCCUUUUAGAGCAAAGGUUACUUACCAUUCAUGAACCUUUAUGCUCCAUAAAUCAACUGAAUUUCUAAUGCAGUGCCCUUCUAUGAAUCCAGUUAGAAACAAACAAAAAAAAACUAUGCUACCAAGUUACUCCAAAGAAAGAUUUCACAGAAGCAGCAAAACCAUAUAAGAUUUAGGAGAGAGAUUUCCCUAGGAAAUCAAUUUUUACUUUUCUAUUAUUUUUAGAAUUUUAAAAGUCUGAUGUUUGUCCAAUCAUACUUUUUAUUAAAGAAGGAAAUGGAGUGAGGUUGAUGUAAUUUGUUUAGGAGAUUCUUAAACCCAAAUAAAUCGACACUCCAAGUGACGUGUGAAAAUGGCUUGGUUCACUUCAACUCUGUUUAGCCAGUGCUAGGAACUUAGAAGUGGUUUUAUUUAUUUAUCUGUUUGGGUUUUGUUUUUUGUUUUUGUUUUUGUUCUUUUGUAUUAUUGAUAUUAAUGAUGCUAUUUUAUUUGGAAGCUCACAAAAGGAAUUAAAUUACCAUUAAUAAAGAGCUUUUGACACCAUUUUCUGUUACUGGGACAAUAUUUCAAGGGUGAAGAAAGGAAUGAUUCAGAAACUAAAUGGAACAUUUAAUCCUUAGGACAAUUCUUUACUUUUCGAGAAUGAAGGGCUGGAGGAAGAAUAUAUAGAUAUCAGUGGGUCUCUAGAAGGAAGGAUCAUGUUAAUUAUAUAUUUCUCGAGUUUCUUCAGGUACAAAUAUGUUUUUACUUUGCUUUUGUUGUUUUCUUUUAACUUGGUUUUCCUGUUAAUAAAAAUUUAUAUAACA